AUGGCAACCACAAAGUCAUCAUCAUUUACACUGAAGGGUAUCGAUCCCGACAUGAUCACGAACCUCAACACCGUCAUCCCGCCCCGAGAGAGCCGCCCACCAAGCCAAGCUUCAUCCCGCGGAAGAAACAGGGGAUGGUCUCCAGCUCCAUCCCCAGACGAAGAUGACAUGAUGUCCCGCGUAUCCCGCGGCCGAGGACGGCCCGUCCCUGCCCCACGUGGCAACAUCCGUGGCAAGGACCUUCUCGUGGUCGAUCAGCAUUCUCUGGAAACAACCAUCGCGCUCGCUCCCCGAACCCGCCCCUUCCACGGGGUCCUCCCCCACCAAGAGGCGGUGGCCGAGGCCGUGGACCGCAACGAGGAGGAGGAUUCUCACGCGGACCGCGUGGCGGCGGUGGCAGAGGCCGCGGGUGGUAAAAAGGAGGUCAGGUGA